AUGGAAUUCUUAACUGAAGAUGAAAGAAAGCAUAACACGAAUAAGAAGCUUUACGAUGCACUGAUGAAACAAGAGAACACUGAAGUUUUACGACUCUGUCGAGAACUGGAAUCAGGGCCAUUGCAUAUAUUAACCGUGCACGAUGACACAGUCCUCCAUGUGGCUGCCUACUCUAAACAAACAGAUUUGGUUCUCUGUUUACUUAAAGAGUUGGAAAAGCGGUUGCCUGAGUUUCCUGUAGAUGGACUAAAGCAUCGUAAUGAUAUGGGAAAUACCAUUCUUCAUGAAAUAGCUACUUUUGACAGAGUUGAUUCAGCUGCAAAGAUAAUAUUGGAUAGAGAACCUGAUUUACUUGGUAUGCGCAAUAAGAGUGGAGAGACUGCUCUAUUUCGUGCUGUUCGUUAUGGGAAAACAGUCAUGUUUGAUUUUCUUGAUCAACAAGUGAAUCAAUUUUUUGAUGUUAAUGAACGCGAGGCAUUUUAUUAUAAACUUGGUGGAGCAACAAUUCUUCAUGCUGCUGUACGCUCUGAACACUUUGGUUUGGCCCUGUCGAUUGCUAAAAAGUACGAAUAUUUGGUAAAUGAACGAGAUGCAGAUGGAAUGACUACUCUUCAACUUCUUGCGUGCAACCGGCAAGCAUUUGGAAGUGGAGAGAAGUAUGGUUAUAUCAAGAGAUCCAUUUACACUCGUAAGAUACUCGAGAUGCUACACUCUGGAAUACUUGAACUCCACCAAGCGUUGUUACUUGAAAAAUUGUGUUGGAUGUUUGCAGGUCUUUCGACUGAACCUAAGGCUACCGAGAAGGAAGAUGCUGAAAAAUGUUAUAGAGUGCCUUUGGUGGAGUCUAUGCGUAAGCAUAAGCAGAGAUAUGAAUCAGUUCUGAAACUUGCCAAGUUCUUGAUAGCAAAGGAUACUUCUUGGGAGUGUUCAGAAUCUGCAUUAAAUCAGGUCGAACCUCGAUCCCACAAGUAUAGACUAAUGUCAGAUGUUUCAAAAAGCGAAGAAAAAGAGGAACAAGAUGGUGUUGCACCAGCAGGACAAGUUGUUACAAAAAUUGCUGAGUCACCCUUGAUUUUGGCAACCAAAUCAGGUUGCACAGAGAUUGUAGAUGAGAUAUUGAAAACAUAUCCCCAAGCUGUGGAGUAUGUUGACAGUGAAGGUCGUAACGUUUUGCACGUGGCAAUCAAAUACCGUCAGAUGCAAAUUUUCGACAUAGUUGAGAAAAUGGGAAUGCCAAUGAGGAGACUCAAGAGAAAAAUCACUCAUCAGGGAAAUUCCAUACUUCACAUGGUUGGUGUAAAAGAGGACACUGAAAUUGCAGAUAUGAGAAGCCCUGCUUUGCUAUUGCAAGAGAAUUUGCUCUUGUUUGAGCGUGUGAAAAGCGUCUGCUCAGCUGAUUUUUUCGAAAUUAUUAAUGAAGAAGGCAAGACAGCAGAAGAGUUAUUCACUAAAGCAAAUGCUACACUACGUUCAGAAGCGAAAGACUGGCUUAAACGCACAGCUGAGAACUGUACAAUAGUUGCUGUGCUCAUUGCAACAGUGGCUUUUGCCGCAGCCUAUACUAUUCCAGGUGGUCCAAAUCAAAGCACGGGUUAUCCCGUCCUCUUGGCCCAACCGUUCUUUGUGAUUUUCACUAUCGGAGAUGUGCUUUCCAUUACCUUUGCUUUGACCUCAAUGAUCACUUUUCUCUCAAUUCUCACCUCUUCAUUUCUGUUGCAUGAAUUCAGGCGGUCGCUUCCUCAGAAAUUAAUUCUAGGAGUUACCCUCUUGAUUCUUUCUGUGUCCAUGAUGAUGUUAGCAUUUGCAUCGACUAUAAUCUUGAUGAUUCACUAUAAGGAAAGGUGGACAAAAAUUGCUUUAUCUUCCAUGGCAUUCCUACCUGUGACCAUUUUUGCAGUUUCAUAUUUUCCUCUGUAUGUGUCAUUAUGGAAAAACUUUAACUACUCGUUAAGGAAAUUAUCCAGGGCAUUCCCUCGAUGCAAGAUUCUAUCAGGAAAGCCUUGCGAUGAUUCCCCUUUGACAAUCUCUUCCAGUCUCCAUGAGUCUGGAUCUACUAAAUUUGGCAUUUCCACAUCCUACUAUUAG